GAGGUCACUUCGCUUAAGGAAAUACUGGUUUCAUUUGCCUAAUAGAGCCUUAGGGUUGCCAGCUAAGGGGGGUGAUUUUCAUGAGCUCUGACUAUAGUAACAGCCCUGUGUAUGUGAAAAACUCGUACCAAAGCACUACCCCCUCUUUGUGGGAAACAACACUGUGAAUGUCAGCUGGGGUUAGAAGAAGGGAUUUAUGACUUAGAAAAACAGUUAAGGGGGACAGGGAUGCCAAGCCAGAGUACUUACUCUUCAGCAAGUAAAUACCUCGAUUUGUUGCUAAUUAUUCCUGGAUAUACGAGCCUCUGUGGUUGAAACUGUUUUGCUUCUAAAGCGUAGGGCCAAGUCCUAAUGAAAAAUUUCUAAUGGUUGAACAGCAGUUUUCAAAAAUCUCCCACAGGCAUUAUAGUUGUACAUGUUUCUGAAAGCAAAAAAAAAGUGAAGAUUUCUGUGGCACAUCUAAAAAAAAUCUAGUCAAUGGUGCAUCUGUUGUUAAGUGUGAGCAGUCUUGAAAGUACCACUGUGCCCUUGUUGUUACUACAAAACUAUGAAAUGUUUGAGAAUGUAAAUCUGUUACGGACACUAAACAAGCCCUGUUCAGGCAGCGUGCUCCGAGCUGUCUGUAAAGCGGGUCUGGCUGCCGGCAGAAGGUGGCAUACUGGUGUUUGUAAAGUGAGGUCAUGCAUGUAAACUUCAACUUAUAAACUCGGUUAUGUAUGUCCUUAUAGAGGAAAAAAAAAAAACAAUGCUUAAAAUAAACAGUUACAGUUCUGACUUCGUAAACCACAGCCGUCUGUCUCUGCGUGUAUAAAUCUACAAACCCCUGAGGGCGCGCGGUGUUCUGAGGGCGGUGGGCGGGCCCCGCCCCGCCCCUGCUCCCGCCAUUCCCGGCGCGCAUGCGCCCCGCGGAGCCUCCCCUCCCUCCGGGCCGGGAUGCGCUCGGUCAGCUACGUGCAGUGUGUGGCGCUGGACUUCGCCGGCAGCCUCUUCCCUCACGCCAUCUGCCUGGGGGACGCCGACAACGACACGCUGAAUGAACUCGUGGUGGGAGACACCAAUGGAAAGCUCUAUGUUUACAAGAAUGAUGAUAGCAAGCCCUGGGCUGUGCGAUCUUGCCAAGGAAUGCUCACAUGUGUCCGUGUGGGAGAUGUGUGCAAUAAAGGAAAGAAUUUUGUGGUGGCGGUGAGUGCAGAAGGCUGGUUUCAUCUUUUUGACCUGACUUCUCUGAACUCAAAACACCCAGAUGCUUCCAGCCACCAUGAGCUGGCAGGGGCAGAAGAGCAGAAGCCAGUGUUCAAGCAGCACAUUCCUGCCAACACCAAGGUCAUGCUCAUCAAUGACAUUGAUGGAGAUGGGAAGUGUGAGUUGGUUGUGGGCUACACUGACAGGGUGGUCCGUGCCUUCCGCUGGGAGGACUCAUCAGAGAAUUCAGAUCAUGUCUCUGGGCAGUUGAUUCUGUUGAAGAAAUGGCUUCUAGAAGGUCAGGUGGACAGCCUGUCCGUGAACCCAGGCCCUGAUGGCUCACCAGAGCUGAUGGUGUCACAACCAGGCUGUGGCUAUGCCAUCCUGUUGUGCACCUGGGACACGGAGCAGCGGGAUGCAGCUGCAGGAAAGGAUGGAUCUGCCCCAAGCAGUGAGGCCCCUGUUCGAGAUGUGAUUCUACACCAAACAUCUGGACGGAUUCACAACAAGAAUGUCUCCACUCAUCUGAUUGGUAGCAUUGCCCGAGGCUCUGGUGAGAAUAGUGGCUCAGGUCUCUUUGCCCUCUGUACUUUGGAUGGAACGCUGAAAUUGAUGGAGGGAGCAGACAAACUGCUCUGGUCUGUUCAGGUUGAUCACCAGCUCUUUGCUUUGGAAAAGCUGGAUGUUACAGGCAAUGGGCACGAAGAGGUGAUUGCCUGUGCAUGGGAUGGUCAGACGUACAUCAUCGACCACAAUCGGACUGUGGCCAGAUUCCAAGCAGAUGAGAAUGUCAGUGCCUUCUGUGCAGGCCUCUAUGCAUGCAAAGAAGGGAGCAACAGUCCCUGCCUUGUUUAUGUUAGCUUCAGCCAGAAAAUCUACAUCUACUGGGAUGUGCAGCUGGAGAGAAUGGAGUCCACCAACCUAUUGAAAAUCCUGGACUGUGACCCAGAGUUUGGAAGUCUCCUGCAGGAGCUGGGUGUAGACAGAAGCGAUGUUUCUGCUGUCAGAGACCUGAUUCACAAAACACUCUAUUUUCCUGAGAAAUACCAUCUCAGCAGCCCCUCACAGGAUCCUGUGGAAACAGAUUCUUCUGCCCACUGCAGUGGCAUCCAGGAUCCCUUAUAA